AUGUAUGAAAAUUACACCAAGUGGGACCUUCAUGGUGAAAAUGUAAAUGAGUCUUCUAAUGGCAUCUUUAGUGAUAUGGAAAAUAGAGAUGAGAUUCAUAGUGAUGAUAGUGGAGUCAACAUGUUAGAAGAUGCAUUUGGAAUACCAGGCAUGCAUUUAGAGGGUUCUAAUAAGAAUGAAGAUGGAAAUGCUUAUGAACCUGAUGAGCAACCAAAAGGAGAAGCAGCAAAAUUCUUUCGUCUUCUGAAGGAAUAUCAAGAGCCGUUAACAACCAAUGGUGGAAAAAUGACAAAGCUGUCUUAUAUAGUAAAAUUGUUGUAUUUGAAGGUGUUGAAUAACUGGAGUGACAGCUCUUUUGAUAGUCUUCUGAAAUUGCAAAGUAAAGCUUGGGGAACCACGCUUCCGGAUUCAUGUUAUGAGGCAAGGAAACUGAUCACAGAUUUGGGUCUUACUUGUGUCAAGAUUGAUGCUUGUGAGAAUGAUUGUAUACUUUAUUGGAGAGAAAUUGCACAAUUAGAUAAGUGUUCAACAUGCAACUUGCCGAGAACCGCAAAAGAUAGCCGGUGGCAUAAAGAUGAAAGGUAUGAAGAUGAGAUAAUGAGGCAUCCUGCAGACUCUCGUGCUUGGAAAUCAUUUGAUGACGAGUAUGGUUCAUUUGCUAGUGAUGCUCGCAAUGUUCGACUUGGGUUAGCUUGUGAUGGUUUCCAGCCGUUUGAUAAUUCACAACAUAGUAUCUGGCCUGUUGUACUAAUUCCAUACAACUUACCUCCUUGGAUUUGUAUGAAACCUCAUUCUUUCAUCUUAUCCUUGCUCAUCCCAAGACUCACUAGCCCCGGUAGGAAUAUAGAUGUUUACCUACAACCAUUAAUUGAAGAGUUAAAGGAACUAUGGGAGGUCGGGGUUGAAACAUUUGAUGCUUACACCAAACAGAAUUUCAACAUGCGUGCAAUGUUGUUAUGGAUAAUUAAUGAUUUUCCAGCCUACGGUGAUUUAUCUGGUUGGUGCACUAAAGGAAAGUUUGCUUGUCCAUCAUGCCACAAGGAAGCUAGACGCACUUCACUAAAGCAUAAAGGUGGUUACCUUGACCAUCGUUGUUGGCUACCUAUUAACCACAAAUGGAGAAAGGAUGGUAAAUCAUUUAAUAAUAAGAAAGAAAAACGACAUGCACCUUUGCCUUUAACGGGAGAGGAAGUUUUGGAAUGUUACGCCCAAUUUGAGCAAAAGAAAUUUGGUAAAGUUGCUGGACAAAAGAGAAAAUGGGAUGAUUCUAAUAGCUUAUAUGGUUGGCGGAAAAAAAGCAUUUUCUUUGAAUUGCCUUAUUGGAGAAAGUUGCUUAUACGACAUAAUUUAGAUGUCAUGCAUAUCGAGAAAAACGUGUCUGAUAACAUUUUGGGUACUUUGAUGAAUAUAAAAGGUAAGACAAAAGACACUAUCAAAGCUCGAAUUGAUUUACUGAAUAUGGGCAUUCAGGAAGAGCUUCACCCUAUUUUAGAUGGAGACAAAGUCCAAAUUCCAGUCGCGAGUUACACUUUAAGUUCAAAUGCCAAGGCUGCAAUAUGUGACAUGUUUGCUGCAAUGAAGUCUCCUGAUGGGUUCUUAUCGAAUAUUUCUCGGUGUGUAAAAGACAAUGGAAAAAAGAUUUCUUGCAUGAAAAGUCAUGAUCAUCAUAUGUUUAUUGAGCAACUUCUCCCUCUUGCAACACGUGGGUUUUUGCCAAAUAAUGUUUAUGAGCCUUUAGUUGAGUUGAGUCCUUUCUUUCGAAACCUUUGCUCAAAAAAUAUUACAAUGAAGGAACUAAAUGCACUUGAAGCACAAAUCCCCUACACAUUGUGUAAGUUGGAGAUGAUUUUUCCUCCAGCAUUUUUUGAUGUAAUGGUGCAUUUAGUAAUACAUUUGGCAGCAGAGGCAAAGAUUGGGGGUCCCGUCCGAUAUCGAUGGAUGUACCCAAUUGAAAGGUAUCUUCGAACUUUGAAAAAAUACAUACGCAAUAGGGCACAACCAGAGGGAUGCAUUGCAGAAGGAUAUCUAGCAGACGAGUGUCUAACAUUUUGCUCAAGAUAUAUGAAUGACAUUGACACAAAAUUCAAUCGAAAAGGGAGAAAUGAUGAUGAAGAAGACGAUGAUGAUGAGGGUGCUUUAAAAAGCAUGUUAGAUGUGUUUAGACCACUUGGUCGACCUUUAGGACAAGGGUUGCCAUUACAUCUUAGUUUUGAAGAGUGUGAACAAGUCCAUUUAUACCUUCUACUAAACUGCGAUGAGCUUACUGAUUUUGUCAAGGAACAUAAGUUAAAGUUGGAACAAGAGAAUCCGAGAAAUGUGGAACGCAGACAUAGAAUGCAAUUCGCUCAGUGGAUAUAUGACCGUGUGCGUAGUCUUCAUGAGGAAGGGAGCAUCGAUGAAGAUCUAUAUAAUUUAGUUUGUUUCCCUUCUAGAGUUGUUAGGCGUUAUGCAGGGUAUAUUGUUAAUGGUUUUUGCUUUCAUACUGAUGAUCGGUGUGAAAAUAGAAAAACUCAAAAUAGUGGAAUCAUGGUACGAGGAGAUGAUGUUUCUGACAAAGAAUACUAUGUGGUAUUAAAGGAUGUGUUUGAGGUGUUUUACCCUGGUGGGAACAGGGCAUUUGUUUUCAAAUGUUCUUGGUUUGAUGUACAACAUCAUGGAAGAGGGUACAAGGUUGAUGACCAUGGCUUAAUAAUUGUGAAUAAGAGGUUUUCUUUGAAAACAGAUGAAGUGUAUGUCUUGGAAUCACAAGUGCAAAAAUUGUUAAUCUCUGCAAAAAUUGUUGUCUUUUCCUUAGAGAAUAAAUCUGAUAUGAUUUUCCAACAUGGCCUUUAUCGUGAGCGAAAAAUGUGGGUUCCAGCGUACAUGAAACACUUGUUCUGGGCAGGUAUGGAAACAACGCAGAGGUCGGAGAGCAUCAAUAGCUUUUUCGACGGCUAUGUCCACAAGAAUACAAGGUUGCGUGAUUUUGUCGAUAAUUAUUGUUGUGCAACGGAAGCUAGAGCCAAUUCUGAAAGAGAAGCUGAUGCAAACACAAGUAGAUAUGUUAGGCGAAAAGUGUCAAAUUUUAAUCUCGAGGCCGUGUUUCAGCGUGUGUGCACAGAUGCAAAGUUCAAAGAAGGUCAAAAUGAAUGCUUGAAGAUCUUGUAUGUGCAGUGA